AUGCUGGGUGAAACUCAGCAAGUCCUGGACAUCCCUGGACCCCAGAAGCUCCUCAAGACCCUCGGUACCUGGUGGCUGUCGUCAGCUGCAGAUGAUAGGCCGAUCCCAGGAACAUCAAGAUCUUGUCCUCUGUCAGAAACUAGCUGCCAAGUCAAGUACCAUGGCCAAGAUACCUGCUGUUUCAACUAUCCAGGUGGCCAGAUGUUGCAAACACAGUUCUGGGACGUUGACCCCGCGCUUGGGCCCGAUGACUCGUGGACUAUUCACGGUCUUUGGCCUGAUCACUGCAAUGGUGGCUUCGAUCAGUUCUGUGAUUCGAAGCGGAAGUACAGCAAUAUCUCACUUAUCCUGGUGGACUCCGGUCGCGGAGACUUACUGGAGUACAUGAGUGAGUAUUGGAAGGACUUCCGUGGCGAUGAUGCUCAUCUGUGGGAACACGAAUGGAACAAACAUGGCACCUGCGUCAGCACCCUUGAGCCUCACUGCUAUGAGGAUUAUAUCCCGCAACAGGACGUUGUAGACUAUUUCGACAAAUCAGCCGAGCUCUUCAGGCAGCUUCCUUCAUAUGAGUUCCUGGAAGCUGCAGGCAUUCUGCCGUCUCAAACACAAACAUAUGCUCUUGAAGACAUCGAGGAUGCACUAGAACGUAGCCAUGGUGCUCCCGUUACGGUUCGCUGUCGACAUGGCCUCCUCAACGAGAUAUGGUAUUAUUAUAAUGUUGCUGGAAGUCUUCAAACAGGAAAAUUCGUUCCUGCGAAGCCAGAUGGUCAAGUUUCAAACUGUCCUAGAAAGGGGAUUCGGUACCCGCCUAAGCGAUCCCAGAAUGAGCCAACAAAGACAACUACUCGCGGCUCGGAACCCACCGCACCCGGUAGCCCCUUCUCGGGCAAAGGAAACUUGAUGGUCUCGACCCUUAAUCAGAGACGUGGAUGCAUCAUCAGUUACGGAACAUGGUAUUCGUCGGGGACGUGUGCUACCUUCCGGACAAAGAGGGCCUCGGGAGACACAUUCACUUUGAAAUCAAGCAAAGGACUUUGCGCUGUCGAACACGAUGUCUUGACCUGUGGUCCUCAAGUUGAUACUCCAGCCGAAUUUACAGUCAAAGAUGAGAAACUCUGUUAUCAAGGCAACACCACCUUCUACGCAGAGAAGGCGCCUAAGGGACAAGUCCAAAGCCCCGUCUUCGUCACCUCAGAUGAACAUCCUAUUGAGCUCGAGAUCAGCUGGAAUUUCUCCUUAGACACAUUGCCUUCCAUGUCAAGGGAGCCCAUCAACGCCCGUCGAGGCAUCGAAGAUUCCGGCACCAUCAUUAUUGUGGACACUGCCGACUUCAACUCAAUCGCCCGUUUCGGAUCACCGGAAGGUACCACAAACCCAUCGCUAUUAUACCUAGCAGCACAACAACCCCAAUAUGCACACCUCGUGGAACGCACGCUUCAAUACGCUCGCAGCCUACCCAUAGAUGCAACCUCCCCGAGCUCUCGGUUAGAUCAGGCUGUUGAGUAUCUUGCAGUGCUUUUUGGUACCGAAAUUUAUCGUCUUACGGGACGUAUUUCUACUGAGGCCGACGUUAAGCAUUCAUUCAAUACAAAAGAAACUGUCAAUGCGGCACUUCGUAUCAUUAAGCACUACGAAAAUCAAGGCAUUGCAAAAGAAGGUGUCCGUAUAAAGAUCAGUGCUACAUGGGAAGGAAUACAGGCCGGUCGCAUCCUUGAGCGGGAACAUGGAGUGAGCGUUUUGAUCACGAUUGUAUUUGGCAUGGCUCAGGCAAUCACUGCAGCAGAAGCAGGGGUCACAUGCAUCGCUCCUUACGUUGGGCGCAUUGGAGACUGGUUCCGUGCCCAAGGAUUACAUCAAGACGAGGAUAUGGGCGUCUAUCGUGUCCAACAGAUGCAGAAUUGGAUCCGCAAAUAUAACCAUCGGACGCAGGUCAUGGGCGCCAGCUUUCGCAAUAUCAACCAAGCCAAAAAUUUGGCAGGAGUUGAUUUGCUGACCAUUUCUCCGGCGAUUCUGGAUGACUUAGAUCAAGACUUGAGCAAGGUGAUCCCACAGGUUACACUUGAGACCGCACAAAAUGCCAAUCUAGGACCUGUUUCUUACAUCAAUGACGAGGGUGCCUUCCGCUGGGCAUUCAACAAUGACCAAUGUGCCGUUGAGAAGUCCGCGGAUGCUAUGCGACGAUUUUCUGAAGACACGGAGCAUCUGAAACAGCUUCUGGCAUCUCAAUUAGGAGAGAAAUGA